GUUUCUUUCCGCAUUAACAAUCUAUCAACAUGGCCCCCAAGAAGGACGAGAAGCCCGCGACCGCCGAGGCUGGCGCCGAGGCCCCUGCCAAGGCUGAGGCCAAGCCCAAGGCCGAGAAGGCCGCAAAGAAGGCCAAGAAGGAGCCCUCCAAGAAGGCUGCCAAGGAGCCCAAGGGUGAUGGCGAGAAGAAGGACAAGAAGAAGAAGAAGAGCGCCGUGGAGACCUACAAGCUGUACAUCUACAAGGUGCUCAAGCAGGUGCACCCCGACACCGGCAUCAGCAGCAAGGCCAUGUCCAUCAUGAACAGCUUCAUCAACGACAUCUUUGAGAAGGUGGCCACCGAGGCCUCCAAGCUGAGCCGCUACAACAAGAAGCCCACCGUGACCUCCCGCGAGAUCCAGACCGCCGUGCGUCUGGUCCUGCCCGGCGAGCUGGCCAAGCACGCGGUGUCGGAGGGCACCAAGGCCGUGACCAAGUUCACCUCGGGCUAAAAGCUCUCAGAUGCUGGACCGUGUCUUCUACCGUCGUUACAACAAACUCGGUGUUUUUCAACACCACCUUGACGUGGGACUGGGGCUUGGGCAUGGGGGCGGGGAACCCUAACUGGCAAGAGUGCGGUGGGCGAGGAACCAGUGUAGAUUACGCUACCGGUGUUCAAUGCGAGUCCAUGGGGGCGUGUUUGGUGCUUUGAGUGUGGGCAAACUGGAAAGGUAGGACUGGAACAACACCGAACCAGCGGUUGGUUACGCCGGCUAAGGACAUUGUGCACCGGUACACGACAAUGGGCGAACAGCAUAAAUGACGAGGGGAGUUGCUUGGCUGUCGGAGACAGGUGUGCAGCUACUGCGUGCACCCGCCUCUCGUCGCAGUCCACGGCACUGGUCGCAGUCCACGGCACUGGCUUGUAAAUCGCGUCAGAG